CCCCUAAACCCCUAAACUUUCUUUCCCUAUUUCUGCCUUUAGAUGUUCAGCGCUCAACAAUUCACGCACAACCUCUUCGUCGUCGAUUCCUCAGUCCUCUCUGUCUGUCGUCAAUGCCGUCUGGGCAGAGCCGGCGACCCACAGCCUCCACGCCUUCAGCUUCUCGCCAAUCUCCGACCUCCGUGCUCGACGCGACGACGCUCUCUGUCCGUCCGUGCACAUCCUCCACUCCCUCCAGCGACCACUGCGAGUCUCCGACCAGCGUAGCAGAGCCAGGGUUCUUCAAUUUUAACGACAGCCAGAGGUCCAUUGAAGCAGAGCCGCUGAUGAGAAUGAGAUGACGAGUUGGCUGUUUGCCUCUUGCCUCCUUCCCCUUGGUUCGCUGUUUGCUUAAUCGACCGGAGGCGCGGAGUUCUUGACCAGUGAUGAAGGCCUCUCUGGCAGAUGGCUCAGUAGAGACUAGAGAUUGGCAGUUGCUUUCUUCAGGUCAAUGGUUCUGGAGGUUGGGUUUACUCCAAACCAUUAUACAUAUUUGGGAGCGUUAUCUGCUUGUAUUUCAAAAUUAAAGAUUGAUACUAAUUUUUAUUGAAGAUUCAAUCCGCCUUCACGCAUCAAGCAACUUGGGGAAAAAAUACCAAUAAUUUCAUAGCUCACAGUCACAACUAACACUUCGUCUGGUGUCUACAUAUGCCUGCUUUCGCCAGAUGUCUUUAUCUCAGAUUAUUCGGUCAUGCACAAACAAUAAGUCUAUUCUUAGUGGAAAAGCAGCCCAUGCACAACUCAUCAAAUAUGGGUCCAAACCGGAUGUAUAUACAAACAAUCACUUACUCUCCAUGUACUUAACAUUCCAUGAAAUUGAAUGUGCUCAGAAACUCUUCGAUGAAAUGCCCAAACGGAAUGUAAUCACCUGGACAACGUUAAUUUCCUCUUAUUCUCAUAUGGGUCUAUCUGAAAAAGCUUUAGAGAGCUUCAGGUCAAUGGUUCUGGAGGAUGGGUUUACUCCAAAUCAUUAUACAUAUGUGGGAGCGUUAUCUGCUUGUACUUGCUUAGGGGCUGCAAGAACUGGGAAAGAGAUACAUGGGAGGAUAUUCAGAGCUGAGGAGGCAUUAAAUAGCUUUGUCAGCAACUGUUUGGUUAACUUUUAUGGGAAAUGUGGGUUGUUGAAGUCAGCUCAGCUUGUGUUUGAUGCUAUGUUGGAGCCAAAUACAGUUACUUGGGCCUCGCUUAUUUCAUGUCAUUGUCAGUGUGGGGAGUAUGAUGAGGGGCUCAGGAUUUUCUUGAGGUCUUUGAGAGCUGGAGUGUUGGUUAAUGAAUUCUUAUGUGGGAUCGCGCUGGGUGCUUGUGCUUCAGAGGAGCGUCUGGGACUUGGAAUGGGAAUUCAUUGUCUAAUUGUGAAAUGUGGUGUCAAAAUGGAUCAGUACGUGGUCACUGGGUUGGUUAACUUUUAUGUAAAGUGUGGUCAACUUGGCUUGGCAUAUAACACUUUUAACAUGGCAGGUGCUCCAGAGUUGCAUGCUUGGACUGCCUUGAUUGGAGGUUGUGUGCAGCAAGGGAAGGGGAGAGAGGCUGUUAAUCUUUUCUGCAAGUUGCUUUCUUCAGGCUUGAAACCAAGUGAAAGAACAUAUGCAUCUGUCCUAGGAGCUUUUACUGAUACAAAGGAAUUUCAAGUUGGAAUGCAGCUCCACUCUUCUAUCAUAAAACUGGGAUUCAAUUCGUUUACCUUUGUUUGCAACGCACUAGUGGACUUUUACUCAAAGAGCAAUCUACUUGAUGAAUCAUUUAAAAUUUUUCAAGAAAUGACUGAAUAUGACAUUGUUACUUGGAAUGCACUAAUAGCUGGAUAUAUAAGGUCCAGUCAUUAUGAACAAGCUAUCAAACUUCUCCAAGAGAUGUUGUUUGAGGGGCUCGAACCUAAUCUUCACACAUACUCUUGCAUUUUGAGCAUCUGUGGGGAUUUGCCAGCUAUUGAAUGGGGCAAGCAAGUUCAUUGCCGCAUUAUGAAGCCUGGUUUUGAUUCCAAUGUGGUUGUUGGAAGUACCCUAAUUGAUAUGUAUGCUAAAUGUGGACGUUUGGGCGAUGCACGAAAAGUUUUUGAUAUCCUACCUUGUAAGAACUUGGUUUCUUGGAAUACUAUGCUUGUAGGUUACGCACAACAUGGAUUUGUGAAAGAAGCUUUGGAGAUUUACAGUAUGAUGCAAGACAAUGGAGUUAAACCUAAUGAUAUAACAUUCGUUGGAGUAUUAUCUGCCUGUGGACAUGGAGGACUUUUAGAGGAGGGAUUAAACCACUUCGAUAGCAUGAAAAAUAACUAUGGGAUCACUCCAAGAACAAAUCACUUAGCUUGUAUGGUCAAUCUAUUUGCUCGUAAAGGGCAGACUAAAAAAGCUUACGACUUUAUCAGGAACUUUCCCGAAAAACCAGAUAAGGUGGUUUGGCGUUGUCUUUUGUCAGGCUGCAAUAUAAAUAAAGAUUUUGUUCUGGGAAAAUAUGCCGCAGAGGAGAUUUUAAAUAUUGAUCCGAAUGAUACAUCAGCUCAUGUUACAUUGUCUAAUAUUUAUGCUAGGUUGAAUAUGUGGGAUGAAGCAGCCCGGAUAAGGAAAAUGAUGAAACAGAAAGAGCUGAAGAAGGAAACAGGAUGUAGUUGGACAGAAUUGCAGAACAAGAUGUAUUGUUUUUCUUCAAGCUACAAUACGCUUCUUGGUGAAGUUAAUAUGUGGAAUUCGGUGGACAUGAAGGAAGUUGUGAUCGACGACACUUUGGCCUCAGAAAUAUAUUUUGAUGAGACAUACAGGGUGGGCUGGCCUAAUCUGCUUAGCUAUCCGACCUGACUUGCUGAGCUAUUCUGAAUGGCCAAUUUUGGAUGCCACAGAUUGUAGACGCCCGAAAGCAAUUCAAGGAAGAUGAGCUCGGUUGACUUUUCCGAGGAGGUUAUCCUGGGUGGCGGAGUGAAGAUCAUAGUAAGAGAACUAACUCCCUGAGCUGAAAGGUUCUGUUGGGCUGAUAUUUUUUAUCUGACUUGAUCUCACCUCCAUCAUUGCCUUUUCUUACUGUUGUUCAAAAUCCAUCUGCAUAUAGGGUGGUUUAAUAUGGUUGAUUUCAUCUACAGUAUGAAGCUUGUGUUAUAGCUCAGAUUACAUUCCAUUUGGGAAAUUGAAGUACCAAACUUCAUUAGGGUUAACAUUGCCUUCUUAUCUUGUCAAGAUGUAAAUUGUGUAUUUUGAACUUGGGUUCACCUUGCAAGAUGGAUCCGGGUUCACAUAAUAAUUUGUCUAGCAGAUAACGUCAUGUUUCAAUAAUAUGAGUGCCUCCUUCAAACAUUUGCUCUAA